AUCAUUUUCUUACGUUGGCCACCCAAACCGCCGCCAUUUGUCAUUUUUUUGGCAUGCGCGUACGGGGAUGCUACGAAAAUCGUGCUCUUGAGUGUUUUCUUACAAUACCGAGUUUUAAACUUUGUUUGUGAAUCGUGAAAAUCCGUGUUUCUCUGUGAAAUACCAGUGCUAUAAUAUAUUAAGUGUGUUUUUGUGUUAAAAACAUUCAUCAUGAAUAAAACUUGCGCAAGGUGUGAGAAAACAGUUUAUCCCACUGAGGAAUUGAAAUGUUUGGACAAGGUAUGGCACAAAGGCUGCUUCAAAUGUCAAGAAUGCGGGAUGACUCUCAACAUGAGGACCUACAAAGGAUAUGGAAAGCUACCAUACUGCGAAGCACAUGUACCAAAAGCGAAGCACACGACAAUGGCGGAAACGCCGGAGUUGAAGCGAAUAGCCGAGAACACGAAGAUACAGAGCAACGUCAAGUAUCACGCCGACUUCGAGAAGAGCAAGGGGAAAUUCACACAGGUUGCCGAUGACCCAGAAACAUUGCGAAUUAAAGCGAAUACAAAAAUCAUUAGUAACGUCGCGUACCAUGGCGAGUUAGAAAAGAAGGCUCAAAUGGAGAAACAGAGACAGAUUAAUGAGAACGGUGAGAUUGUCGACGUACCACCGGACAACUAUCAUCAACAAAUCGACAACUACGCAACGGAAAUGCUGCCUCCAAACUCACCCCCACCUAAUUUACCCCCUAAAAACCACUAUCAGACCCCGUCAACCCAAUAUCAAGCCCCUGUCCAACCCACCCAGCCCCAGCUGAAGCAAAACAGGCAAUAUCAAGAGCAAUAUCAGGAGUAUCAAGGUCAAUACUAUCCCCAAUAUCAAGACUAUCAGUAUCAGCAAUAUCAAAACUAUCCCCCGCCUCAGCAGCAGCAGAGUCAGCAGCAGAAAAUUGGAAGGAUUCAGGACUAUGAUCCAAUCAGCGACGGGCCUAGGGCUCCACCAAAUACACAGAGGGCGUCCGCUACGCUUAUCUAUAACAGCACUAAUGAUGGAAAACGAGGAGCUCACCAGCAAUCAGGGCAUCAGCAGCAACAGACGCGUCAAAUCGGUCGCGUGACGGACCUCGAUCCACUCGCCAAUGAAAUGCCACGUCCCCCACCCACUAAUCACCAUAAUCAGCGAGUGUACGUAGCUAUGUACGACUACGAGGCAAGCGACAGCGAUGAGGUAUCAUUCCGCGAAGGUGAUUUAAUCUCGAACGUAACGUCAAUCGACUCCGGCUGGAUGACCGGACAGGUUCUACGCACGGGCCGGACCGGCAUGCUCCCAGCUAACUACGUAGAACUAACGACCCCCAACGCUGGACCCCACUACGACAACUGAUGUCAUGACUAUAGACCCCAAAUGACAAUCGAAUGAUUAUUUUGUUGUAUGUGGUUGAUAGUGAUUGAGUUUUAUAGGUAUACUAACCUUUAAGAAAUUUUAUGA